AUGGCUUAAGUAAUUCUAGGAUGUAAUUCAUAAUGCCGUUUUAGUUAAUUUUUGGUGGAAUCCCGAGCAAAGAAGAAUGGACCUUAGCUGAUGCGGAUGUUAGUUUCAGGGCCUUUACUGGAGGGGAGGUAAGUAUGUUGGGUGCUCAGAGGUAAGUUGAGGUAAGGCAGAAUAUGGUAAGAUAAGUUAUCACAAUUAUGUACACCACACAAAACACACACGUACUUGUAUUUAGGGAAAUGCAUAAAUUUUAAAUGAAUUUACACAACUCGAGUUGCAAAUGUAAUGGAACUUGUAAUUUGUGUCGCCGCCACUUAUGGUGUGCCACCAGAACCAUAAAUAGUUACCCAUAUCCACAGCAUUGAAGAGCAAACCAAGUAACAACUCAGACGACGCAAACGAAAAUAUUACAUCGGACUACUCCAAUUGUGGCGCUAAUUUCUGCAACGAAGAUGGCGGCAGUAUUGAAAGGCCCGAUCCACAUGGCGUGCUUAUUCUUAUCAUGAUCUAUAUACCCUGUCUGAUUGUGGCCAUAUUGAUGAUAGUAUUCCUACUGGAUCCCCUGAAGCGGUACGGCGAGGGUCGCAAGGGCGCCCAGGCCAGCGAAGCGACCACCAAGCAACUUGUGGCCGCCACAUUCCAUCAGAUGCGUCGGACGAAUCAAUUAUUUCUAAUACCGCUGACGAUAUUUAUUGGACUGGAACAGGCCUGGGUAGCUGCCGAGUACACAGCGGGCUAUGUUGCCUGUGCCCUGGGAGUGGAAAUGAUUGGAUACGUGAUGAUCACAUGGGGCGUGGUCGAUUCGAUUUCAUGUUUUGUUUUUGGCUUCAGUAUGGAGUAUAUCGGACGCACGAUUAUUAUUUUUAUCGGAGCCACUGUAAAUAUUUUGUUAAUUGGUUUCAAGCUCCACUGGCGUCCCACACCCGAUACGCCGGUUGUAUUCUACGCUCUCGCUGGAUUGUGGGGCGUGGGCGAUGCUGUGUGGGUCACCCAAAUUAAUGGUUUCUACGGAUUGCUGUUUCGUCGCCACAAGGAGGCGGCUUUCUCCAACUAUCGUUUGUUCGAAAGUCUUGGUUUUGUGUUGGGCUUCAGCUACUCGAGCUUGCUGUGCAUCAGGGAAAAGCUUUACGUUCUCCUCCUCAAUCUAACGCUCGGUCUAAUUGGCUAUCUGGCUGUGGAGGUGCUCUUCCAAAACAAGGUAAGUUGGUGUGGGUGAGUAGUAUUUUGCGUAUUUCUUGCUACCUAGCUGCGUUACUCAAUUGUGAAGAAUUGUGACUGUGAGAACGACGCUCUGCAAAGCUUUAAAAUGCAAACUUUUUGUCAAGCUGAAGCCGUACUGGAGGUAUAAA